CCUUGUUUUCCUCCUUAUCCACUCUUCCGCCAAGAGUUUGGUUAUCUGGCAAUGGCGACCACUGCCGUUCACCAUUUCCGACUAACCCACUCUGUCAGCUCCAUUCGCCCAUCUACUCGAACCAAACUCAGACCUAACUCGGUCAGAUGCUGUACCACCACCGGAACCGCCGAGGCGCAGCGGGUCACAGUGAAGAACGGCAAUGAUUCCUUGGAGAUAUGCCGAGUCCUCAACGGAAUGUGGCAGACGAGUGGCGGCUGGGGAAGAAUCGACCGAAACGACGCCGUCGACGCUAUGCUUCACUACGCCGACGCCGGUCUGUCCACCUUCGACAUGGCUGACCACUAUGGCCCAGCCGAAGAUUUAUAUGGCAUUUUUAUCAACCGGGUUCGUAGAGAGCGUCCACCAGAGCUCUUGGACAAGGUUAGAGGUCUUACGAAAUGGGUGCCGCCACCUGUUAAGAUGACCAGUAGUUAUGUAAGGGAAAACAUUGACCUCUCACGGAGGAGGAUGGAUGUCGCUUCAUUGGACAUGCUUCAGUUCCAUUGGUGGGAUUAUUCAAAUUCUGGAUAUCUUGAUGCUCUAAAACACCUUACAGAUUUGAAAGGAGAAGGUAAAAUUAAGACUGUUGCAUUGACAAAUUUCGACACGGAGACACUUCAAAUAAUUCUAGAGAAUGAUAUUCCUGUUGUUAGCAAUCAGGUGCAACACUCAAUUGUUGACAUGCGUCCUCAACAGAAAAUGGCAGAGCUCUGUCAGCUCACAGGAGUAAAGCUUAUAACGUACGGUACUGUAAUGGGUGGUCUAUUAUCUGAAAAGUUCUUAGACACCAACUUGUCGAUUCCAUUUGCUGGUCCUCCACUGAAUACACCCUCGCUCCAAAAGUAUAAAAGGAUGGUGGACGCUUGGGGAGGAUGGAGUUUGUUCCAGAGUUUGCUUCAGACCCUCAAAAGAGUCGCAGUUAAACAUGGGGUUUCAAUUCCAACUGUUGCAGUUAGAUACGUACUAGAUCAACCGGGUGUAGCAGGAUCAAUGAUAGGAGUUAGACUUGGUUUGGCAGAACACAUCAAAGACUCGAAUGCCAUAUUCUCUCUUUCUCUUGAUGAAGAAGAUGUAAACAAUAUACAAGAAGUUUUGCGAAAAGGUAAAGAUCUACUGAGAAUAAUUGGUGACUGUGGAGAUGAAUACAGGCGAGCCUGAAAUUCUUGAUCUUGUUACGUAAUGAACCACAUAAAAUUUUGUAUAUUUUCUCUUCUAUGACUUCUGUCUUGUUCAGAUCAAAUUGUACUUGUAAACGAUGGUGGUAAAGUAAAGUGGUAUGUGACAAGAAAAACAACAGCGAUAAAAACUAGAUAAAUGUAAAAAUUAGAGGCUUUUUUGCCAUUUCAAAGACCUUGCUUAUUAUGUAUUA